ACCGUAAACCCUCACAUAAAGGCGAUAAUUUUAGUGCGGAAAUUUGCCAAUUUCCAUGCGCUAUUCAGUCUAAUUAGACAUGGAUACGUUUGAAAACGUACAUGUUUUCUCUCAAACAACUGCAGAAAUAUCUCAAGAGUAUAUUGGCAAGUUUCAUGAAGCAGAAAUCGUACCGAAUUACUUGCACGAGUUGAGCCAGAAAGCCGGGGUCGAACUUGUUUCUCGAGACGGUGUGUAUGAAGUGAAGGGUUCCUGGCUGUCGGUGAAUCGUGCCCAUUCCUUCCUCGGGAAAUUCCUGCUGACAUAUGGCCAGACCAGGGUGGACACCGUCUCUUUGGGUCCACCGGAGCCCUCCAUAUCACAGGAGGAGGAGGACGGGCUUGAUUUUCUCAACAGAAAAACUUUUCCCACUUUCACAAAUCCAGUUUAUAGAAAAAGUCAAAAGGAAGAUGUGGAAACCCCAUCCAAGAAGCCUGACCAUGCCAGUCAUAUUGAUCAGCAUUUACCUCCAGAUAAGAUCUUAGUGGCUAAACAUCAUAAGAUGCCCCCAGAACCAGUAGUUUUGUAUGCAGGGUACCAGCUACCUACUAAGGAAGCUGAGUCACGACGGAAGACGCUAGAGGUUCUUAAAAAUGUGUACAAAAUGGAACAGAACUAUCAGAUUGCUCUGACACAGACAAAAGGUACGUCUGAUGCUGCUAACUCAACAGAGCAGGCCCAGACUGAGGGUUGUGAGCCUGAAGAAUCAAACAUACAGAAUGAGGCUGAGGAGCAUUCAAAAGCUGCUGAAACUGAGUUGGAUGAUAACCAUGGUAACAGUUCCUUACCUGAUGAACCAGCACCGGAUGGUCAAGAAAAGCUGAUUACAGAAAUUAAGGAAGAAAUUUUGGAAAAAGCGGAUACGAGCACAUCUAGAAAGAGACUAUGUAUGAUUAAAACUCUAAGCAAGGAAGAAACUGCAGCAAAGCGGAUGAAGGUGGAAACUAUUGCAAAGAAUAUUUUGUCAAAUGUUCCUACAGUAGAGACUGUCAAUGUAGUGAGCAAUGAAGAUUUGGAGAAAUUGCCAAAUGACAAAAAGGUUGCUGAGGUUCCAGAAACUGAUGAGGAUGUGAAACAUAUUCCUAAAGUAACUGAGGUCGUUGAUCAAGAUCCACCACCUCCACCUGUUGAGGAUGAUGAUGACGGCCAUGAUGACAAUGAGGUCCCAGACGAUGAUGUUAUUGAAGAUGAGGAGAGUGAUUUUAAAGAUGAUUCUGUUGAUAAGGACUAUUCAGGAGACACUGAGGUCGAGAGCGCUGAUGAUGGGAAGAUGUCCGCCUCAGAUAAUGAGUAUGUACCUGAAGAAGUGGUGUCACUAACCAAAAUUAAAGCAACAACUAAACGAACAACAAGACGAAGUAAAGCAAGAGAAGAAUUAGCGAAACCCCUCCCUUCAACUAAGAGAGGCAGAGGACGGCCUCGUAAAGGUUUCCCGAUGAAGAUUGAAGUGAAACUGCCAACUAAGUCUUCCCAAAAAGCUGAACUGCCAAAGGCCAAGAAAAAACAGCUAAGUGGUGCUCAGAAAAGAAGGGGUAGACCAAAGAGGCUGCCGUCGGAAAUUCCAAAAGAAUUCCAUUGCGACAAAUGCCCUUAUUUUGCAAACAAGCGAUGCCAUUUGAGAGAACAUGAAAGGCGAGUUCAUAUAACCAAAGAAUUCAAAUGUGAACAUUGUGACAAAAUAUUUGGUUUUGGGAAAGAUUUGAAACGUCAUUUAAAAACUCACCUGAAGCCUCAGAAUUGUUGUGACAUCUGUGGGAAACUGUACAAGGGAGUGAAAUCUCUAGUUGAACAUCGGAGAACACAUGAGGACGGCUAUAUCAAACCGGAAUUUGAAUGCGAGAUAUGCAAGAAAAAUUUCAGCACAAAGUAUGUUCUUGCUUAUCAUAUCAAAUCUGAACAUCUGGGUAUGAAAAGAACAUACAUGUGUCCCACCUGUGGCAAGAGCUUUUCUCAAAAGAACUCAUAUCUUCAACAUGCAAAUGUUCACAUGGGUUUCAAACCUUAUAAGUGUGAAGUUUGUGGCAAAGCCUUUUCAUAUGAGAAAUCUCUUAAAGAGCAUCGAUUCAUGCACGAUGAUAUCCGUCGAUUUAAGUGCCCAGUUUGUGAAAAGACAUUCAGGCAAUCAUCUGCUGUAACUAUUCAUAUGAAAGUCCACAAGGAGACCAAGGACUAUGUGUGCAUGGCAUGCGGGAAAGGGUUCAGUCAAAAACAGGCCUUGAUUCGCCAUGAGAGAAUCCAUCUUGGCGAGAAACCAUUCUCGUGUGGUUUGUGUGGUAGGAACUUCACCGAUUCCUCCAUCUUGCGUAGACAUAUGAUUCUGAUUCAUAAAAAGGACCCAAAAAAAUGGCGUGAAGACACUAUAAACAAUACUGUAAGACGUACCGAUUUUUUCAUAGACGUCUUACCAGGAGUUGGGGAGGAAGAACAAACUGGGGACGUGACAAUAAAGGAGCCAGAAGUCCAUGUAAAUACAGGUGCUCUUAACACUCCCCAUCCUGAUCUAGUUGCACCAGUCUCUUCAACAUCUGGCUCAGAGCCGAUUAAUAUGACCACUCAGAGUUCAGUACGAGAUAGGGAUGCUGAAGGAUAUCACGGUGAAAGACAGGAUGUCACAGGAAUGGAACCUGAGAGAUCGGCUGAGCAUACAUACCAUAUGCCGAUAUCGCAAGUUCAUUCGGAAGGCAUACAAGGUAUGUCACAUGACAGUUCAUCACAUAUCGGUGACUCAAAGAUGUCUGUUCCGAACCAUGGUGUUCAAACAGGAUCAGGGCUACCGCAUCAAGGCACCCUUCAAGGACACCAUGAUCCGAAGUCAGAAGGUGGGGAGUACUUAGGAGGAAGCUUGCCAGCCCAUCAGAUGUCGUACAGCAUGAUGGGCCAGGGUGGUUAUCCGUAUCCUCAGAUGGUGAUGUUGCCUGAUCCAAAUGUCCCGUUCCCUCCACCCAGUGCUGCUGCCUAUCAGCCACAGUUCACUGAUCCUGGUACAUCCCACCAGUUUACUCCAUACCAUCCUCCCCAGUCAUAGGCCAAUAUACAGUGAAAUCUUACCUUCAUGUUGAGAUAUUGUUUAAGACAAUACAGUGCUUGAAAUUAAGUGUGUGGGGGAAGGGGGUCCUUGGUUUUUUUUCUUAUAGUAUUUGAAUCGUUUAAACUUUUCACAUUAGGGCAAUGACAAGGACCCCUGGACUCUCUUGCUUAAUUUCAAACUCUGUGUUCAAUGUAUCUUUAGGGUUCAUAUUACCAUUGUCCAUUGGAACUGUAUAUACCAUAUUUGUCGUAUUAGGCCCCCCGCUCCAAUAAGUGUCCCCUAACCAAAUUCUAGACCAUUCUGUGUGUAAUCUUUAUAAUCGCCCCAAACUGAGCCUGAUAGUCUAUAUUUUCUUGUGUAUAUUACAGAUCUUUGUACAGACAAGUCAACAGUGUAUAAGGUAUAUAUAUGAUUGCCUAGUAACUAUUACCGAAAAGUUUUAGUUUUACCAAUGUUGGAAUGAAGUCUGCCUGAUCUCUGAUUAUCUUCUGAUAAGUACCCCCUCCAUUUUGUAAGUGCGCUUAUUAUGAUGAAUAUGAUAGUUUUAUUGUAUUGUCCAAGUAUGAACCAAAUAGCAAACUGAGUUCUAUGAAAACUAGAAUGUUUUUCAGCUCAAAAGAAUAUCUUCGUUCUUGAGCACUGCCAGUUUCAGCAAAAGUAUUUUGUUCUGUGACAUUGCAUUUCCUAGCCUGACCUUGCCUUGUGACAUCAUUUCCAGUUAUGUUAGUCUUAGGACGGCAGGGUAGCCUAGUGGUUAAAGCAAUCGCUCAUCACACUGAAGACCCAGGUUUGAUUCCUCAUAUGUGUACAAUGUGUGAAGCCCAUUUCUGGUGUCCCUGGCCGUGUUAUUGCUGGAAUAUUGCUAAAAUCAGCGUAAAAGUACUAAAACUGUACUCGCUCUAUAUUUUUGUCUUUUGGAACGAUUAGGCUCAGUUCAAUUGGCAGCUUGACUUAAGUCAUUCUAACACAACUUCUCAUAUUGUAUGAUUUAUUUCAAUCUACCAUGUCUACAGUAUCCAACUCUCACAGAGACUAUGUCUUAGUUUCACUCAUGGCACUUAUACAAUGUCUAGGAAUUGAGGGGCAAUGAGUCCUUAGUCCUCUCUGAGUAAGUAAGCUAUCAUAAGCUGAACAUAUUAGAUUGACAUUUUCCUAGACUCUUAGGACUACUGACUUAAGUUGCAGCAGGGUUAGAUAUUAUGGGGUGUCAAGGGCCCCGUUCCACAAGAUGAUCUUAACGCUAUGACUGUCGUAUGUUAAGUUGAUGGCCGAGUAGUCUAAGAUGCCAUUAUGCAAUGUGAAGAGUUGCAUCCCUUAGCUGUACCAGGACUUGCUGGUCAUGGGUUCAAAUCCUAUAUUCACCCCGAUUAUGAUCUCUCAGAACCAUAUGCAAGCUCGUGGGUUGCCCCAAAAUGGUUACACCCAUGAUAUUGAAGUAGUGUUCAGAGCAGUGUUAAAUCCAUACUCAGGUUUUCUCAUUUUUAAGACAUGUCUCAAAAAAGGAAAGCAGUAUUGGUUCUCAGGCACUGUCUGCAUCAGAUAAAAACCCAGAUGACCGCAUUAAUGACUGUUAUUUGGUAUACAUAUAUGACGAUAACUUUAUACUGACACCUCUGCUGUCUACUAUUUGUUCAGGGUAACAAAAGCCCACCUAUAUUUUUGAAAGUGAAAGCACAGUAACUUAAUUUUAUUGUUUUCUGUUGAAAUUAUUUUGUUGUAUAUAGUUUUGAUUUUAUGUGCGCUGCAUUAGUGCAUAAUCAUUGAUGUGAUUCUUUUGUCAGUAUCAUUAAAUACACAGUUCAAAAAGCAAUAUUAUUUUUAGAAACAAUAAAGAACAAUCUUAUGUUGAUUGAGGUGUGUAUAGUUUUAGUGCAUGUGUAUAUAUUUUAAGAUCAAAUUAUGUCUGUCCUAAACUUGCUAACCAGAACAAGUUAUUAAUGAAAUUAUUUUGAAUUUUCACAUAGGGCUUAAAAGUAAAUAUGGUUUAUCUUUGGUAUAUAGUUGUACAAGUGUGUACAUUUUGCACUGACAUGAUGUGUUAGUCAAUGAAGUUAGAAGUCAAAAAGUGCAAGGAAGGGGAGACAAUUGGACUUAAAAACACAUGUAGACAUUGCUUUUUUAUAAUCACUUCAUUUAUUGAUCCACUGGUUUAAAAUUACCCAAAGGUGGAAAAGUCCCAAAAAAAUAAUGCUGAAAAAAAUAAAGAACUGGUUCUCAGGCAAUGGCAUUUGAAAAUAUAGUGUGGGCGGGCGGUGGCUUUUUUUGUUGUUGUUGUUGAUCAAAAUAGCAAAUAAACUGUUGUGUCCCCAAAUGGACAGUUGUGUACAAUCAACCUAGGAAAGGGCCUCCCUACUUAAAUGUAUUCCUUGAUGAGUAACAUACUGGAAUACAGUAUUUGACUGCUGUUGGACUUGGAAUUUUUAAGGAUAUAUUUCUGUUUUGUUUUUAAAAUGGAGAUUAAAACGGAACAUGUGGCAUACAUUAUGAUGAUGUGGGCGGCGCCUGAGAUCCAAAACUAUUACUUUUUUUAACCUAACCAUUGUCUUUUUUUCUUCCUUCUGUUACUGUAUCAAAGUAGGCAAUAAUGUGAAACAAGGUAACCUGUUGACUUCCAUUCCGUUAAGAAACACUUUAUAUUUUUUUAUUUCACCGGACGAUGAAGCUAUUUUUUAAAUCACUUAGAAACCUCUUUGCAAUUAUUUUAUUUUAACCAACUACCCU